AUGAAAGUCAUCAUAGUUGGAGCGGGAAUCGGCGGACUGGCCUGUGCAAUUGCUUGUCGCCAAAACCAUCUGGACGUGCUUAUUCUGGAACAAUCGGCCGAAAUUCUGCCGGUUGGCGCUGGGAUCCAAAUUCCUCCAAAUGGAGCCCGGAUUAUGCGGGAACUCGGCGUCCUGCCUCAAAUUGAGGACAAGGGCAUGAAACUCGAGUUUACGGAUCUGCGACGAUACAAAGAUGGGAGGAUCAUCACCUCGAUGCCUUGCGGUGAGUCGGUGGUGAAGGAGUAUGGAGCGCCAUGGAUUGUCAUCCAUCGCGCGGAUUAUCACCAGAUUCUUCUCGACAAGGCUAGAGACCUAGGAGUGGAGAUUCGUCUAGGUGCGCUUGUGGAGAAGGUCCUCGUUGACGAGACUGCGGUCGUUGUGGGUAAAGAGACCAUCACUGGCGACGUGAUCAUUGGCGCUGAUGGCCUCUGGUCCCACGUCCGCGAAGUCGUCCUCGAUGAACCCCAUCCACCCGAAGAAACCGGGGACCUAGCCUACCGCGCUACCUUUUCGCGAGCUCAGCUCUUAGCCCUGAAUGAUCCAGAGGUGAACGCGCUCUGCGCGAAACAAGGCGUGACUGCCUGGCUAGGCCCUCACAAACAUGCCGUCUUCUACCCCGUUCGUGGCGGACAAGAGUACAAUCUCGUGCUACUCCAGCCCGAUGACCUGCCGCCCGGAGUGCGUACGACGCAGGGGGAUGUGGAUGAGAUGCAGUAUGGGUACAAAGAGUGGGAUCCAACGCUGGGGAAGAUGAUCUCCUGUAUCCCGACUGUCCUGAAGUGGAAGCUGUGCCAUCUUCCCGAGUUGCCGAGGUGGACCAAGGGCUCCGUUACACUACUUGGCGAUGCGUGUCAUCCAACUCUGCCAUAUCAAGCCCAGGGUGCCGCCAUGGCUGCGGAAGAUGGCGCAGUAUUGGGAAUGCUACUCCAUCACAUAGCAUCCUCCGAAGACUACAAAUCAAAAAUCCCACAAGCACUGAAACUCUACGAGGACAUUCGAAAGUCCCGGACUGCCCGGAACGUCCAAGGCGCCAUCCGCAACCGAGGCGGGUUUCACCUGGCCGACGGCAUCUUACAACGACUGCGCGACUUGGUUCUGAGAUGGUCAGGCCUGACCCGAGAGACAGACUGGAUUGGACUGAUGUCUUCGCGACAACGAGCUGUUUUGGGAUUCGAUGUUCUGCAAGAGGCAGAGCAAAUGAUGCUAGAGCUGUCCGCCUGA